CGUGCGGCGCCUGGGACACCGCCCACCCCUCAGUCCACAUGCUGCACGGAGCCCGGGCUGCAGGUCCCAGUGACGGAGGCGGGUCCGGUCCGCUCCGGUCCGGUCCGGUCCGGUGUCUGGAUCCAGUCCGCGUGUUGGAGACGUUAACGCGCCCUUUAAAGAGCCGGCGCUGACGGGACCUGCCGAGACUCUGCCCCCGGUCGUUCCCCGGGACUAGUUGCUUCGCGCGGCGCCGCGCGGCUGGAGAGAUGUGGCGCCGACUGGCACUGCUGCUGCUGCUGCUGCUGCGCUGCGCUGUGAGCGCGCCGGACCCUCCGGAGGCGGACGGACGCGCGCACGCGGGGGGAGACGCUCCCGCCGAGCCCCUGGAGGAUGAGCUGGACAACCAGGAGAACAUCGUCAGUCAGUUGCUGGGUGAUUACGACAAGGUGAAGACCGUGUCAUCAGGCUCCGACUGCGUGUGCCGCUGCAUUGUUCGGCCAAUCAAGCGCCACGACUGCAGCCGUAUCCCUGACAGCGGUGCGCCAUCACCGUCCCAGGACUUUUACACCGUGGAGACGGUUACCAAGGGAACAGACUGCAAGAAGUGCGUGUGCAUGGCUCCGACCUCAGCUGUCAACCCCUGCGAGGGAGAGUACAGGUUUAAAAAACUACAGGAGGCCAGCAAGGACGACAUCAAGCUGGCGACCAUUAUGGACUUGCUGGAGGGCUCUCUGUAUGGAAUGGACUUGUUAAAGCUCCACUCUGUCACCACCAAACUGCUGACCAAGAUGGACAACAUGGAAAAAGCCUUCGCCCGCAACUUCACAGAGCGAGCAAGAGAGAAAGAACGUGCGAAGGACAAAGCAAAGGAGAAGGAGAAAGAGAAGAAGACCCAGCAGAAAAAAAAGAAAGUGAAUGAUCUAGGGCAAGCUGGGCAGAAAAAUCGAGCACCCGCCUAUGCCAACAAACAGAAGAAUUAUGAAGAUCAGAAGAAGAAGCAAGAUGGUCUGGAACAACAACAGCCCACCAGCAAUAAGACAGGAAGUCAGAGGCCAGUCAAAGAGAAGAACAGCAUGGUCAUCAAGGGCAUGACCUUUUACAAAGCAGAAGAAGAGAGCUUUAAAGGUUCAGUAGAUACUUCAUGGGACGUACUGAUCUCUGACCAGCUGCCACCUGCCAGGACUUUGCCCAUCCAGAAUCCAGGACCUGCACCCACUGUUAGCACAGAACCAGACCACAAGGACCUUUCAUGGAAAUCAAGCAGUCGAGCACCAACCCAGCGACCAACCAAUCCGCCCAGUACCACCCAACAAACCACAACUGCAACCAAAACAGAGCCCACCACCAUGGAACCAACGACUGCAGUAGCCGCCACAACAGCUCUAAAACACACAACAACCAAACUGAUAACUACUUCCCCACAAACUACAACUACUGCUCGGCCUACCACACCUGUCACCCAGCUCAGCACCUCAGCGUCUGACACGAAUAUAGGUCGGCCUGUUGGUGCAUCUCCCACGGCAGGGUCUCAGCUGGGAUCCAAAAGUCGACUCAGCUGGACCGAGAGCCCCGCCGACAGACCAAAGACCACCAAAAAGCCUGGGAUGUGUAAGGACACAGUAGCCAGCCUCUCUGAUCCAGUCCAGCACAACUCAUACGGCCUGAGUGACGGAGCCUGGAUGAGAGACGCACGCGGCCACGGCACCGUCAUCUACCUUACCAGUGGUCACUACGGCAACAACCUGCUAGAGUUCAGAGACAUGGACACCUUCAAAUCAGGUCAGGCAAGUAAUACAUACAAGCUGCCCUACAGUUUCACCGGAACAGGCCACGUAGUGUUCAGUGGGGCUUUCUACUACAACCGUGCGUUCAGCAGGGACGUCAUCAGAUACGACCUGAGGCACAGAUAUGUCGCCGCCUGGACCACGCUGCAUGAUGCUAUACUGGAGGAGCAAGCUCACAGGACACAAACUGACGUGGAGUUUGCUGUGGAUGAGGCUGGUCUGUGGUUACUCUACCCUGCUCUGGACACAGAGGGGUUUCACCAGGAAGUAACAAUGCUCAUCCACCUCCAUCCCCGUGACCUUCAGCCAAUACGGAGCUUUCGCACAGGUCUUCGGCGCGGCCGCUACGGAAACAGCUUCCUGGUUUGUGGCGUGCUUUAUGCCGUGGACAGUAUGGAGCGCCGCUACGCCAACGUGACAUACGCCUUUGACACGCACACACUCACGCACACCGUGCCGAGCCUUGCGUUCACGAACAUGCAUGCACACACCUCCCAGCUGGCUUACUCCCCGCUGGACAAGAAACUGUACGCCUGGGACGAUGGACAUCAGAUGAUGUACGAUGUCAUCUUCGCAUAUUAGCACAAUGAAUGGACACAAGGUAGAAGAAUGAAUGGUUCGACGGAUUGGUCAACAUUUGAGCAAAUCCAGCAAGAGGUCAAAACAAAGCUGAGGACAGAAGAAAUAAGAGAUCAGCUGAACAGAUAUUUGAUCAGUAUUUUGUGUUUCAGUUUAACUGAAUGUAUCCAACUCAACUGCUGCUCUACCACACACACAAUAAAGGUGUAACCAAAGUCUACUCUGUAUAUAAAGAUGGACAACAUGAAAGCUCCAAAAGAGAAGUCAGAUCAUCUUGAUUGGUGGCUGGCUGCAGUAUUGGUCACAAACCCCACCCCCUCCAUGUUAGCGGAUGGACAAAAAUAAAGUAAAAUUGUCAAAAAGUCAAAUAUAUUAUUAUUUUUUCUCGAACAUGGUCUCUGCCAUUUUAGGUAGUUCUUAUCACACGGAUGUAUCUUCAAGUCUUCAAGUCUCUGCAAAGUUUGGUUUUAGUUAGUUAUUCACUAAAAAAACAGGCUGAAACGUUAUGAUUGACAGCUGAGACUGACAGGUUGAAUGUGUGUAUUGGUGGGUUCAAGAUAUUUUGAAUUAAUUUGACGCGGAGACGUUUUGUCCAUCUUCAUAGACAGUCUAAGGUAUGAACCAGCCAGGGCCCCAUUUACCAUGAUGCUUCACAAAGCUAACAGCGUUUUUCUAUGAACGCUCUUAAAUUUUCUACAUGUGUUUCACAUAGCAGCACUAAAGAGCUUCUUGACGUCAGCUGUCAGUGGUGCCGAUGUGUCUGAAACUCAAGCUUCACUUUAACUGCCUCUGAGCCGUGCUGCCCGCUGAAAUUUGCAUCCAUCACCAAGCGUAAAUGUUGCAAACAACACAAGGAAAUGUUUUAUUCCUGAAAUUGUUCAGUACAAAAACGAAAACAUAAGGUGCAGUACAGCUCGCAGCCGCCAAUAGUUCAUGUCGCCAUGUGGAAGUUUAAGAAAGCAAAUUGUUGGUUUGAUUAAGCCGCUGCUCGAGCCUAUGCGGUGAGUCCUGUUAGCGAGGACAUCAGCUCAAUAAGGCAAGGGAAAUGUUCAGUUAAUCUGUGCUUGUGUCUUGCUUUUGUUAUUUUUUGUCGUUUUUUCUAAUCAAACCACUGAUGUUCCUUUUGCAUUAAACAUCACUAAAGACAACAUUCACAUAGAGUCUUAAAACUGACGACAACAUAAAAAAGUCAUGUAGGUUUUGUUUCCUCCUGCAGGUUCUGGAGCAUUUUAAUAUGUUCUUAGCCUCUUACAUAUGGGUAGGAGGUACUUGUUAAUAUAUGAUCACCUCAAAGAGCAUCUUCCGUUAUGAUGCCUUGGGGUUUGUAAGUUUGAUUUUACAAUCAUUGGCCUCAAGGCCCUCAGAGCAGCACUCACAUUUCCAUACACAACAUAUAUGUGUAUAUUCUGCUAACGACAGAAGAUAGAGACACCAUCUCCUCAAGUUCAGUAUAUUGAUGAAGCUGAUGAUCGAAAUCUGUACUGUAUGUUUUUAUAAUGUACAUCUGCUUAACAUGUGGCCUGUUUACUGUCAGUCGUGUCAGGUAAUGUUCUAAUCCUAAGCUUUAGUACAGCUGGCAGUGGAAGAACAAACCCUGGAAUUCUUUGUGCUUCAUCUGCCGUUGAAGUUAAGUUAUUUCAAGCAAAUUUCACUCCAACACAUACUGCAAGUCCACAUGCAGCUUUGAGUGUUUAAAAAAAAAAUCUCAAGACAAGGUUGAUCUCAACUGCUGUAAUACAAGUUUGCCUUUUUGGUUUGUUAAUUUAUAAUAAAAUGUCAAAAAGA